AUCCUCCGAGGCUGAUCGUGUCAUUCCAGCAUUGCAAAGGAGCGGUUAGCGUCUGACAUUGGCUUUCUGAAGUUGAUCGAUCACGUACUUGUUGUGAAGCAAUUUGCGGUUAUAUUACAUUGCAAAGUAAGUCAGUGAGGAAAGAAGAAGAUGUCGACAGAUUUCUAUAUACGCUACUACGUAGGCCACAAAGGUAAAUUCGGCCACGAAUUUCUCGAGUUCGAAUUCAGGCCAGACGGAAAAUUGAGGUACGCCAACAAUUCGAACUACAAAAACGACACGAUGAUCCGCAAGGAAGCGUACGUUCACAACUGCGUUAUGGAAGAACUGAAGAGGAUAAUACAGGAUUCGGAAAUAAUGCAAGAGGAUGAUUCUCUAUGGCCGCAACCGGACAGAGUCGGUCGACAAGAAUUGGAAAUUGUCAUCGGAGACGAACACAUUUCAUUCACAACAUCUAAAACUGGUUCGCUACUAGACGUCAACCAAUCCAGGGAUCCGGAAGGACUACGAUGCUUCUAUUACCUCGUCCAGGACCUCAAGUGCCUCGUGUUUUCGCUCAUCGGUCUCCACUUCAAAAUAAAACCGAUAUAAACGGUUGCCAUCAUCGUAUCUCCCCCCCUUUCCCCCGCCAGUCUCGAUGGUUAUGUGUACGAGUAAUACAAAUAAAAUGAAAACAAUGUAUUUAUUAUUCUGUUGAUAACUUCAUGUUUGUUUUCAUCUAUAAAUCUACACUUAGUCUUUCGUACAGCAAUUCCAUCACUAUAAAAAAUACAUCCUUAAAUCGUGCUUGAGAUCCAACUUAAGUUUAUUGCUAAGUUAGGUUAUGUUGGAUAUUGCAUAUCAUUUUUCUCGCAUAUAAAUAUUGACCGUCAGAGCAAAAGAUUAUUGUGUAUCAGUUGGGGUGCUUGAAAGCUUCAUGCGACAGUUAAACGUGAUUUUAUUUUUAUAAAUUUUGUUCAGAUGAAAUAGUGAUUCCAUUUAAAACAUUGGAAUGGAAUUAAUUAUCGAGCCGCGCACAUACAUUUAAAUAAAGAUAAUUGGGCAGGAAUAUAUCCGAGAAUUGAAUAAAAGAAUUUCAAAUUA